CAACGCGAUCUUGAAAGGUCGCCAUUCCGAGUGUGGCCGCGGACCGCGUACCCGCUGCUCAUGACCACGCACGCCGAGACGACUGGCGGCAGCAAGCAGUUCCAGAGCAUACUCGGCGUUGUGCUGCUGCUCACACUGCUCUACUGGUCGCGCCGCUAUGUCCUUGGGCGCAGUGUGUCGUGGAUCGCAAGCCUCGUCACGGGCCAGCGCGUUCGGAUCCAGCAGAUGACGCUGCAGCCGCUCACGCUUAGCGGCAUCGAGGUCGCGACGACCGACGGCGUGCAACUCCAGCUCUCUCGCCUCCAAGUGGAUGUGCAUUUGCGGGCCUUCUUGGCCUCGUUCGGGCAAGGCAAGCUCCUGCGUCUCUUCUUGGAUGACGUGAUCGUCACCGCGUUGCCGCGCCCACCCCCUUUGUCGCCUCCCGCUCGCCGCAAGCGCCAAAGUGCAAAGUCGACGUCGGCGCUUGUCGGCCUCUUGAAGUUUACGCACAUCCACGUCAAGUCACUCGCGCUGCGCGGUAUGCUUGCACGCGAGGACGGAAACGGCUUUCUCGGAGGUCUCGGCCUCGUGCGGGACCUCGACUUGCGGAUCGCCGAUGCCACGAGCGCGACAACGUCUGUCGCUGUCGUCAUCUCGCACGCAGAGCUAAGCGUCGUCGCCAAGCUUUUAGAGACGCCGUCAUUGGACGCCAUCUCGGAGCGUCCGUCCUUGGUGGUUCAAGCCAACGAGCUCCAGUACACGAUCGAGCUCGACUAUGUCCAGCUACUGCCGCAGCACAUCGCCGUGCAAGGCCCACACGCCACCGAUCCGAGUGCGACCGUGGUGCUGCAUGCGGCGUUGCUCGCGUACUUAAGCGCGAUGACGUCCGAGACCAAGACGACGGCGGCGCCACGCAGCGCGCAGCCUCCUACUUCGUUCCACCUCGACACGAUCGCACUGCAGAUGACGUUUGUGCAUGGCCCUGACGACGCUCCCACCGAGCUCCGGAUGCGCACGCUGGUCGACGCGAUCCGCGUCACCAAGCAGAUCGAGUCCUCGGGCACCGAGCUGACGCUGGACGCGACUGUUCGCAGCGGCUCGGUGUGGCUCGGUGACGUUACGUGUCUGCUCUGGACGUCCAUGACAGUCCGUGUACGUCACCGGUUGACAGGUGAGAUGGAGACGAUCGAGAUGACAAGUGACGUCGGCGAGCUCUCCGUGCAUUGGUCGACGCGUCUGAGGAUGCUAGCCGACGCGACCGAGAGGGCGUAUCAAGAGAGCAAGUCGUCCUCGCCACGUCCUAAAGUGCCCCUCGUUCUUGUGGUCACGCUGCGCUGCGGGCAGGCGACGUUCGAGGCCGUUGACGCGGACAAAGCACUCAAGACGCAUCUUACCAAAGUACAUGCGAAUGUCGCAAAGACCGUCGACCAGUCGCGUCUUGAGCUCGAGAUUCAAGAUGGAACGUGGCGACUGCUGGCGCAAGACGAGCUUCUGAAUGUCGUGACCUCGGCCUCGCAGUUGGUGGUCACGGAGGUGGUCGCACCCACCAAGAGCGUGGUUGUGGACAUGACGAUGACGACCCUCGAAGCGACACUGCUGGGACUGCCCCUUUGUCAGCUCACUCAACUGCACGUGGCGUCUGCCGAAAGUGGCAACGACGUCCAGCAGAUCGAGGUCGGUGUCGACGCAGGGAUCUUCCACUGGGUCUUUCCACUGCAUGCAGCGCGCUUGGCUGCGGGCACGAAUGCGCUGUCGAUUUUGCUCUGGGUCCAAACCAUCAUGGAGCCCCCCAAGCCCCCCAUGCCAUCGAAGAAGCCUGUGCACCUUGUUCUCGAAAGCAAAGAGAUGUGUGUGCACAUCGCCGAGAUACCACACGUUGGAGCUUGCGCGAGCAACAUCACACAGCUCCACGUCCACGUGCAGGGCGGCAGGACGCAAGUUCAAGUCCAACAUUUGGUGCUGCGCCACGACGCGACCUGUGUCAUCGAGUGCUCCGACUUGCAUCUUGUCGACACCAAGCCGACGGCCUCAUGUGCUGCGAGCCACCUCCAAGUGGAUCUCACGUCCAUGUCCUUGGUCCUCGGCACCCACUUUCGACUAUUGGCGCUCGUGCUUCAACUACAAGAGCUCAUGGCACCCCCACGGCGCGACCGAAGCCUACCACCGCCGCUCAAGCUCGACGUCAACGUCCGCACCGUCGUGGCCACGGUCUUGGACGCGCAUCAGAGGCCUGCGGGCCGGCUCGAGGCCAGUCAGUACCACGUCAAAACGACGUUGACGCCGUCGUCCAGCACCAGUCUCUCGGACGACCACGCGGCGCUGGUCCGUGACCUCGAUAGCGUGCUUUCGUUUGAAGUCUACCGGCCGCUCCUCACGCGUCUCGUGGUGAUCGACCUCGAGAUGGACACGGGCAGCAUCGACAUGGCACUGAACGAUGUGGACGAAGCCCGCGUCGCGCACCUCCAGCUGCGGUCGUUGACGCUCGGCGGGCGUCUCCUGGACAUGGCGGGGGACUUUGGCAGCGUCGACGCGCGAGCCCCCGGAAAGCGCCUCGGGGUGUCCCUGCACAUUGCAGGGCACGGCAUCGCACUAAAUGUGCUGCACCCUACCGCCGUCGCCACCCUCGCCGCGUCCGUCGGUCGCACAUUAGUGUACGCUUUGGACACGGCCGUCUUGGAGGCAAUCCACGGUCCCCGCGGCAACCCGCGGUUCCAAUUUUUCGGCGAAGUCGACGUAUCGGCCACGGACGUCGCGCUGCGGUACGCGCUAACCGACGAUAUCACCGCGCAGCUCCGCGUCGCGCAGCUGCAAGUGGUCUGCGACAAGACGUACCGCGUUGACGGGCACGUCACGCAGCUAAGCGUCGGCCUCGUGUCGGACAUCGUGCUGCUGGCCCGGCUCAGCGUCGUGGUGCACUGCGUCCUCGACGACCGCGACCGCUCGUGCGAUGCGUGGUCCCUCUCGGUGGCGGCCAGCAUCCGCGCAUUGCACGAGACCGACUGCAAUGGCCUUUUGCUCGAGUGGGCGUCGGCACUCGCAGUGCUACGGGCGCUUGCACAUCGCCUGUCGGCGCCGCUCGCUCCGCCGACCGUAUCGCUCGAUCCACCGCCUUUACGCUUCUACCGCAUCGCUCGUCUGGCGCUGCAGGUCACGAUUGCGCCGCUUCAGAUGGCGUGGUGGCAAGACGCGUUCGCGAACCAAGCGUUUUUCGCCCAAGCCGAGACACUGGACGUGACCCUCGGACUUGUCGAAGCGCAUGGAGAAUGGACGCUGCCCACGUGCCGGAUCGCUGCGACAAGCACGCGGGCGUAUGAGCUCACGACGCGCGAUGCCAAGGCCGGACCGAUUCCGUUUCUGCGGGGCCCACCGACGUCGUUUUUUCUGGAAGCGACUGUGCUCGAGUACGCCAAGAGCACGCUGCCGUACAUCCCGAUCCACCUCGAUGAGUGCAAGCUUCUCUGGACGGUCGCGCUGCGGGACCACGUCUGUGGUGUCAUCGAUCUCGUACACCGCGACGUGCUCGGGCUGCAAACCGAGAAAGGCAGCACGUCGUCUGCACCGGCGGCAACGGCUCCCGUUGUUCUGCCCGAGUCCGUGGCGCCGCUUUCCUUAUUGGAGCUGCUCGAGCAAGGCAAGCUCGGACCGCGUGUCUCGGAUGCCGCGCCGGCCGCGACCAAUGCGCACGAGACCCGCGAUCUGGUCAAAUUGUAUCAACUUGAUAUUGAGCACGUGCAAAUCAACGUGCUCGAACCGGCAACCAAGAGCAGCCUCGUGCUGGCGUCCCGCCUCAUCCACCUCGAGUGGGGCUACGACGCCGCCGGUGUCCGCUCGAUGGCCGACGUCCAGCUCAAGGAGAUGCGGUGCCUCGUCGCACCACUCGACGUCGACAUUGGAGCCGGCAUUCUCUGGUACAAGGAGGCCGCGUCGUCGCUGCUACGGCCCAUUUUAGCCGAGUGCGCGCUCCAUGUCCAGUACGCCAUGACGCUGCACAACCAGGCGACGCGCAUCCGCGUGACUCUGCCAUCGAUCGAGCUCACGGUGGACUCGCACCAGUUUUUCCAGUGCUUUAGCGUCGUCAAACACGUGCUUCUCGCGCCGCCGUCGACCAAGAAGACAGUCUCGUCCGAUGCGUCGCCUCGCGCUGCACAAAAAGGCGGCAAGCGUCGCCAGCAAGCGAUCGCCGACGAGCUCCGUCGUCGGGACCUCCGCUCGCCAAGUCCGAGCACCGCACUCAAAAGCGUUGCUUUUGAGAUUGGACUUGCGCAGUGCCGGCUUCGGACGAGCCCGGAAGAUGGCAACAUUGAGUUUGUGGCGCUUGCGCUCCAUACCGCCCGAGGCAGCCAUGUGUUUUACGACUCGCUCUCGACGAAAUUCAAUUUGAGUCUCCAAUGGCUCGAGAUUCAAAACCUUCGGCCCGGCGCGUCGUCCAUGGCGUUUGACGAUCCCAUGGCCGUCCUCACACCGCGUCUCGCAACGCCCCAAGGUCGUCCACACGUCGAUCAUCGCCCGGGUUUUAAGUUUUCUGUAGACGUGCAGCCGCUGCUGUCGCUGCGGGCUGAGAGCCUCCCGCUGCUGGCCAAGGAAUUCCCGCCACUCCGCGUCUUCGAGGUGCUUGAAGUGAGUUUCUUCCCCGGCGUCGCGUACGACUUUGCGAUUCAGCUCGCGGUGGACUUUUACGAGCUCAUGUUUACCUUCUUUUUUGGCGCGGCGUCCAAUCGCACCGAGUCGUUUGGCAAGAAGAGCACAGGCAGUCGCCCGCCGGCGCCCGUGACAUCGUCGCUGCAUCCAGACAACGACGACGACGCCGAUGGGGACGACGUCGACGUCGAGAACGAAGAAGUCGUCUUCUUCAACUACGUGCGCGUCGGCAACAUCUGCCUCCAUCUCGCGUGCUCGGGCUUUGUCGUCAACCUCUCGGGCUUUGGGUUGGACCUGCCCCCGUUCGUGUGCCGGUCCAAGCUGUGUACGUGGAAGCGCUUACUGCGCAAAUUUGAAGUGCACUUGGCGUGGUGCGUCUCAAAGGAGAGCGCGUCGUCGGGCCUCCACCAUGUCAAGAAGAAACUGUUUGCGCUCACGAAGAAGACCGACAAGACGACGACAACGACCAAGGACGACGAGACCACCCGCAAGAUGCUCUUUGGACCCUACCACCCAAACACGCGCCACGACGCGACCGAGUCGUAA